CGCGGCUGUGUGGUGAGAAGCGCGCUCUGGUCCAAAGUUACUCGUGGCUUUUUCAUCGCUUAGGCCCUUAGGGGAACGUAAAUGCGCGCGGAUCAGUGACGCGACAGCCGCGGAAGCGUCGUCGACGAACUGACAACCGGAGAGGAUGGACCGCCGGUCGGCCUGGCUGCUGCUAGUCUCGCUUCUCGGCACGCUCCUGGUCGCGGGCGGCGUCGAGCUAACCUUUGAACUGGCCGACAAUGCCAAGGAGUGCUUCUACCAAGAGAUCGAGAAGAACGUCUCGUCCACGUUGGAAUUUCAGGUGGUUACUGGUGGCCAGUAUGAUGUAGAUGUGACGUUAGAGGCGCCGAACAAGGAGAUCAUCUACAGCCAAGUGAAGACGCAGUUCGACUCGCAUUCUUUCAUACCGACCAUGUCGGGCGUCUACAAGGCUUGCUUCAGCAACGAAUUCUCCACGUACUCGCACAAGCUAGUAUACAUGGAUUUCCAGGUCGGUGACGAGCUGCCGCUUCCUGGUCUCGGAGAGCACGUCACUGUCAUGACUCAGAUGGAGUCCUCCGCGCAGGAAGUCCACAAGAAGCUAAUCAGCAUCCUGGAUUACCAGACGCAUCACCGUCUGCGCGAGGCGCAGGGGCGGAAGCGCGCGGAGGAGCUCAACGAGCGGGUGCUCUGGUGGUCGGUGAUGGAGACGGCCUGCAUCCUGAUUAUCGCCGUGGGACAGGUGUUCAUCCUGAAGAACUUCUUCACCGAUCGGAGCCCCUCUCAAAGUUAUUAGUUUCUAGUGAUCGCGAAGUAACCGAAAUGACAAAUGGGGAGGGGACGAGAUGGAGGAUAACUCACGCUCGCCGUCGCGGUAGGUCGCGUCGAAGUCCUCGCGACGUCUCGUCGUAAUUGUCGUUUCCUCGAUCACCGGUCAAAGUGCCAUCGUCAAGGAACCACCCGCCGGUAAUCAAUGUUCUCGUGUAGCUCUCAGCGGCUCUCGGCCGAGGAUCGUCUCUCUCGUGAGACGAUUUCUCACUAAAGGCGAAGCUUCGCGAUCAGGAUCCAAAGAGCCGGGGGGUGGGAGGUAAGGGGGCAAGAGAGAGAGAGAGAGAGAGUGAGGCGCGAGGCGAGAACAGCGUCCUCGCGUCCACCGUGUGGACACACGUGUACCGUUUUCUUGGGUAUUUAACUUGCGAUACUUGCCGAGGCUGAAAGGGACGUUUUGAACAAACACGGGGUGACUGAUACAACUCGGAACGCCGAAAGGAAAGGACAAGUGCAAAGCAAUAGGAUUCUGCCUUACACAUCCCCGCGCCUACCGAUGGACACUCACUCUCAAGUUGUACUUAUACUGGCACACAGGGGCAGUAUAAUGGACACCGAUGAAAACAAGAGACAUGGACAUCAUGUUUUUUCUUACUGUGAAUGUGUAACAUAAUAAAUUAAAGGAUACAUGCGUGUACUUC